AUGCCUGAUACUAUCCCUUGCACUCAGAUUUGGCGCAGGGAUUUUAAUGCCUUGCAACUCCCAUUUGGACAUGCAGGGUGCAAGCAGUUUUUCAAGAUGGGUGCAGGGUGCACAAAACAUAUCUUGUCAGCCCAUCCUGUGAUAUCUUCCCCGCCACCAGAGCAGGACAUCGACAUUGAUGUCCCAGAUGUCCUGUUGCAAGAACUUGAAAAUCAGUACAACGGAUGUCCAUGUGACGCCCAUGGUCAUUUUCUCAAUGAUAAUGUGCUGCCGCCAUCUCAUGAACCUCAAUCUCCAAAUGACUGGACGCCAUUCCAUAACUGCACCAAAUUCAAAACUGCUGAUUUGUUCUACACUCAGAACCCAACACCUGCCUGGAAAAUUGACACGCACCUUGCCUUAUGGGCGUCUACCUUGCUCAAACAUGACCAUCGAGAUCUCUAUGCAACGAUUGACACGAUACCAUUGGGAGAGGUCAAGUGGGAGAGUGAGAAGCCUGAGGGUACCUAUCCGCCCUGGAUGGACAGUGCCUUUGAUGUAUGGUACCAAGAUCCACAUCAAGUGGGCUGCAACAUGCUGGCAAACCCCGAUUUCACACAUGAGACGGACUUUCGACCUUAUCAAGAGAGCACCGCUAUGGAGGACUUCAUGUCUGCUGACUGGGCAUGGGAUCAAGCAGACACCAUUUCUGAGGAUCCAGAUACAAUGGGCGCCACCUUCAUUCCUGUCAUCCUCAGAAGUGACAAAAUGACAGUCUCUGUAGGAACCGGGAACAACGAAUAUUACCCGCUCUAUCUGUCCAUUGGGAACAUCCACAACAAUGUCCUGGCAGUGCUGCACCGGAAUGCAGUCGCAGUCAUUGGCUUUCUUGCCAUGCCAAAGAGUGAACUUAGGCCCAGAAUGAUGAAACCUGAGGUUGCAAAAUUCGGUGAUGGGCAUUUCCAGCGCAUCAUCUAUGGCCUUGGACCUUACAUUGCUGACUACAAAGAACAAGUUCUGCUGGUGUGUAUUGUGCGAUGCUGGUGUCCACGAUGUAUGGCACCAAAUCAUGAUCUUGAUGCAGCUGGCACACUUCCUCAAUGUCAAGAGUAUACAGAAGAACUUGUUGACAUGGGGACAUAUUUGGAACCAUGGGAUGAGUUUGGAGUUGUAGCAGAUCUCGUCCCGUUCACUAAUGAUUUUCCUCGCGCUGAUAUUUGCCAGCUGAUCGCACCCAACAUCUUACAUCAGCUCAUUAAAGGCAUAGACAAUUCGAAAGCGCUUAUGAAGGUUUAUAUUGCAGCCAUUGAGGGACAUGUCCCAGUGGAUAUUGUAUGCACGUUCUGUGCAUUUCUCAAAUUUUGUUACAUUGUACGGAAUAAUGCUAUAACCGAGCACAUGCUGGAGAAACUGCAAGAUGCUGUUUGCCAUUUCCAUCAUUAUCGCAAGAUUUUCCUGGAAAGUGAUACUAUAUCUACAUUCUCUCAUUACCUGCAGCUCAUCCGACUCUUUGGCGCUCCAAAUGGACUCUGCUCGUCUAUUACAGAGAGCAAACACAUUAAGGCUGUUAAAGGUCCGUGGAGGCGAUCGAGCAAAUAUCAAGCACUCAGUCAAAUGCUUGUCACAAAUCAAUGGCUCAAUAAACUCACUGCCACACAAGUCGACUUCACCAGCCGUGGGAUGUUAAAUGGAACUUGCCUUUCAGCAGCCCUUGAAGCCCUUUACGAAAACCUCAAUGUGUCAGUUCCUGAAGAUGAUAUUGACGGUGUGGAUCAUGGCCCGACAAUUCUGCAAAUGAAGCGUGCACGCACCGUUUUGGCUCUUGCUGAAGAGCUGAAUAUCCCCCAUCUACCUGAGAUGGUCUACUGCUUUCUCUUCCAACAGACAUGUCCGGAUGAUCCACAAGAUGCAUCAGAAAUUCCUAUCGCAGGAUGCCCUCAAUAUGAGGGCAAAAUAUCGGUAUUCAACUCUGCAUGCUCUCGGUUCUAUGCCCCAAGCAACCUAAGUGGGAUCGGUGGAAUGCGUAUCGAGCACAUUCGUGCUUGUCCCAUGUGGCGGAAUGAGGCCCCUUGUUAUGACUGUGUUUUCGUCAAUAUUGGGUCAGAAGAUGUGGGCAUUCGAGGACUUGAAGUUGCGAGGAUUUGUAUAUUCUUCUCAUUCAAUUAUGGAGGAAUAACUUACCUGUGUGCUGUCGUGUGCUGGUUCGAUAUCAUUGGAGACUCGCCCGAUGAAGAUACUGGGAUGUGGAUGGUCCGUCCGGCCUGCGGCACUAACAAUGCACCUAUCUACAACAUCAUACAUGUCAAUUCGAUCUAUCGUGUGGCUCACCUUAUUCCCGUCUAUGGCAGACGAUUUCUUCACCACGGUAUCAAUCUACAUAACUCAUAUGACAGUUUUCAUACAAUCUAUGUCAAUCAAUAUGCUGAUCAUCAUGCUUUCGAGCUCGCAUCAUAG